AUGGCGCCGCCGAGUUUCAAUCAACCGGGUAAUGGCCAGUCGCAUGGAAAUUACCAAACUUCUGUUCAAGGGACGCACCAAGCACCAAUGCCUCCGUUCCCACCACAACCGUACUCUUCAUCGGUUUCCGGUCAGACUAUGCACCCUCAAUAUGCACCUAGCUCACAUAUGUCUGGUCCUAAAGUUCCUCCUAUGCCACCAACCGCACCUCUGAUGCCACCUAUGCCUGCCACUUCAGGUGGAUAUUCUGCUGGGAGCAUGGCCCCUCCACCUCAAAGCGUAAUGCAGCAAGAUGGAUAUCACGGCACACNACAUUAUCCACCACCCCCACCGAAUUCCGUAGAUCCUUCAGCACAAGGCAGACAAUAUCCCCAAGCACCUCAACCUCCUUUCCUAAAUGGACCAAUGGGUGGGCCGCCUGCUCAGGCACCUAAACGUAUCAGUUCUGAAGGACUCCCGAGCGCAGUAGAAGUAAUGGAAAACAAUCGAACACAGUGUUCCGGACCUUUUUAUACCGGUCAGCGUAGUGUAGCGCCUCCUUUGGUGACCACUGAUUUCACUUGUCGCGACGAGGGAAAUUGUAAUCCCCGUUUCAUUCGAUCGUCACUUUAUGCAGUUCCUAUCACAUCCGAUCUGCUCAAAACCGUUGGUAUUCCAUUCACCCUCACAGUGUCUCCGUUUGCGAAGCAACACCCAGAUGAUCCGAGAAUUCUCGUGAGUGACAUGGGAGAACAGGGACCAGUUCGAUGUACUCGCUGUCGUGCAUAUAUGAGUCCCUUCGUAAGCUUUAUCGACGGUGGGCGUCGCUUUCAGUGCCCAAUGUGUAACGGUUUAACUGAUGUUCCCGAGCAUUACUUUGCUCAUCUGGACCAUACAGGUCGCCGGACAGAUGCCUAUCAUCGCCCAGAACUCUGUCUCGGAAGCUAUGAAUUGUUGGCCACAGCCGAAUACUGCAAGAAUAAAGAAUUGCCCAAGCCACCGGCAUUCGUGUUCGUACUGGAUGUCUCACAGUCAGCUGUUCGUUCCGGUCUUGUUAAUCUUUUCUGCUCUACUUUUGUCGAACGAAUUCUGCCCAAUUUGCCCAUAGAUGAAUGUGAUCCGGAUGCUUCAGCGAAAUCUCCUAUUCGUCUCGGUUUCAUCACGUACGAUCACCAAAUUCACUUUUACACUCUGACACGUGAACAAUCGGGUGACGGGUCUAUACAAAACGGAUCCAGUGAGACACAACAACAGCAAGGCGCGUAUUCAAAACCACAGAUGAACAUUGUUGCGGAUGUAGAUGAGGUGUUUGUGCCGGCGGUGGAGGGAUUCCUUAUCCCACCGGAUCCGGCCGCCAUUCAAAAUCUGCUCCAAAUGAUUCCGACCCAGUUUAACACAGAUCCAAAUUCUGGGGUUACUGGAGCCGGCCUGACUCCGGAUGCCCUACUCGGUCCGGCCAUACAGGCUGGACUGGAGGCGUUACGCGCUGCAAAUCGUCCGGGAAAACUAUUUGUGUUCAAUUGUAACCUGCCCACAAUGGAAGCGCCGGGUAAAUUGAAGAAUCGAGACGAUCGACGCCUGACACUUCUCACACCGGCCAGCGAUUUCUACACCGGUCUCGGUCAGGUCUGUGUGGAAGCCGGGUGCUCGGUCGAUCUCUUCCUUUUCCCCAACUCAUUUGUUGAUGUCGCAACAUUGUCGGAAAUUCCACGGUUGACAUCCGGUCACUUGUACAAGUAUAACUGCUUCCAGGCCGAUCUACAAGGUGAACAUUUCCUGUCAGAUCUUGCCUGGGCUGUCGCACGUCCAAUGGCCUUGAACGCAGUCAUGCGCGUUCGGACUAGUGCAGGAAUUAGACCAGUGGAAUUCUUCGGCAAUUGUCACGUUCCCAAUACAACAGAUAUCGAAUUGGCCUGUGUGGAUCCGGAUACGUCCAUCACUCUGGAGCUGCGUCAUGAUGACAAAUUGCAGGACAAUGAUUUAGUGUUUAUCCAGGCUGCGUGUUUGUACACUUCGCUGUCCGGUCAACGUCGCCUGCGCAUUCACAAUCUGUCUCUCAGCACAACCGGUUCCAUUCCCGAAGUGGUUCGUAUUGCUGAACUGGACACACACAUGAAUUGGCUCGGCAAAUUCGCAAUGCGUGCCCUGUGCUCUCGGGCUCAUCCGCACGUGUCCGAUGAGAUGACCAGCCGGGUCGCGCACACGCUAGCCGCCUAUCGACGUCACUGUUCCGGUGGACCGGGUGAUGUUGGUGCGAGCCCCGGUGAACUGGUCUUGCCACAGAAUAUGAAACUGUUCCCGUUGUACGUGCAAUGUCUGAUGAAGACGGACGCAUUCAUGCCAGGUUUGUUAGACCGAAAGUUGCUCAUUUUUAUUGCUCGUUCCAGUGGUGGUGGUGGUGUUUUGCGCCCUGUCCUUUAUCAGACCUGCUUUACUCGCCUUUUCAUUCGCGUUCAUUUGGUGUCAAUCAUGUGGGGUAAAGGCAUAGGCAAUUUCACCUUUAAAAAGGAAAUCAGGAUGAAGGGCUGCGGAGUAGAGGCAUCGCAACCGGUCCAUUUACGGCUCCUUUGUUAG